GGCUUCAUAAAAUAAAACUCCGCCAAGUAACCCAGAUUCGCUCAGUCUCCUUCUCUGCACAAUUCAAGAAGGUUCACUGAUUCAAAGAUAAGACAUAAAUCGAGCUUGAAGUUAUCGUGUUAAAAUGAAGUACAUCUUAAUCACUGGAGGAGUAAUUAGUGGGAUCGGGAAGGGCGUAAUUGCUUCAAGUAUUGGAACAAUCCUUAAAUGUAAUGGGCUUGAAGUGACUGCGAUUAAGAUUGAUCCCUACAUUAACAUUGAUGCUGGAACAUUUUCGCCGUAUGAGCAUGGAGAGGUUUUCGUCUUGGAUGAUGGAGGAGAAGUCGACCUUGACCUGGGAAAUUAUGAAAGAUUUUUGGACGCUACUUUACACUCGGAAAAUAACAUUACCACGGGCAAAAUUUAUCAGAAGGUUAUCAAUGAGGAGAGAGAAGGAAAAUAUUUAGGAAAAACGGUUCAAGUCGUGCCACAUAUAACGGACUGCAUUCAAGAGUGGGUUGAACAUGUGAGCAAACUUCCGGUUUGUAAGGCUAAUGAGAGUCGUACCCCUGAUAUAUGCAUUAUCGAAAUGGGCGGAACAAUUGGGGAUAUUGAAGGAAUGCCUUUUGUCGAAGCAUUUCGUCAAUUUCAAUUUAAAGUUGGAAGAACCAACUUUUUCUCAGUACAUGUAUCUCUUGUUCCUCAGCCAAAAUCCACUGGCGAACAAAAAACUAAACCAACUCAAGCAUCCGUUCGAGAAUUGCGUGGACUUGGGUUGAGCCCUGAUCUGAUUGUUUGUCGAUCUGAAGAUCCAAUUUCGGAGGAAGUAAAAAUGAAAAUCUCAAACUUUUGUCAUGUUGCGCCUCAUCAGGUCAUCUCAAUUCACGAUUGUACUUCUAUUUAUCGUGUCCCACUUUUGAUGGAGCAACAAGGAGUUCUUGAAGUUUUCAGGGAGAGAUUGUUAAUGCCUAUUUUGGGGCCUUCUCCUUUGGUAGACUCAAUGUCCAAGUGGAGAGAUUUGGCUGAUCGCUUUGAUAAAUUGACUGACGAAACCGUUAUUGCUCUCGUUGGCAAAUACACUAAAUUCGAGGAUUCUUAUGCAUCUGUGAUAAAAGCGUUGAAACACGCAUCGUUGGCUGCGAAUAGAAAGCUAAUCCUAAAGUAUGUCUGCUCUGAGGAUUUGGAGCCACAAAUGGUGAAUGAAAAUCCGGUCAAGUACCACGAUGCAUGGGGAAGUUUAGUUGGUGCACAAGGUGUGCUUGUACCUGGAGGAUUUGGAUACAGAGGAGUGGAUGGAAAAAUUUUGGCUGCUCAAUGGUGUCGAGAAAGAAACGUGCCAUUUCUUGGAAUCUGUCUGGGCUUUCAGUCUGCCGUUAUUGAGUUUGCCAGAAAUAAAUUGGGGCUAAAAGAUGCUCACAGUACGGAGAUUAAUCCAGAUGCUGAACAUCCAGUGAUAAUGAACAUGCCUGACCAUUCUAACCCAAAACUGGGAGGAACGAUGCGAUUGGGACGGAAGGCGACGAUAUUUAUGCCAAAAGAACCUUCCAGGCCUUGUAGAUUGCGCAAACUAUACGGAAAUGUAGAUGUAAUUGAAGAACGCCAUCGUCAUCGGUAUGAAGUUAACCCGUCCUAUGUCGAACGGAUUGAAGCGGCUGGAAUGAUUUUUGUUGGGAAGGACGACACUGGACAACGGAUGGAAGCUUUGGAACUGAAAGAUCACGCAUUCUUCUGCGCUGUCCAAUAUCAUCCUGAAUAUCUUAGCCGACCGUUGAGACCAUCUCCGCCAUAUGUUGGACUUAUUCUGGCUGCGUCGACACAAUUGGAUACUGAUCUGGGUCGUAAUCUCCGCUCUCUGGCAGUUCGUUCAAGAAACUCAUCAAUCAAUAUUCCACUCGUAAAGGACUUGCUUCCACUGGCUCCUACGAAAGAGAACGGUGAACUGAAUCCGUCAGAAGUGAAGUCGGUUUUGGAAAAACUUGCUUCUGCGAGUACUACGCCUGCAAAAUCCACUGCAUCCGCCUCGAGCACUUUUUUUGACUAACAAAGUGAAUAUCUAUUGACGUGAUUUAUUUAUUCCCUGGAUCUGAUGAUUUUACUAUUUUUAUAAAACUGAAAUUAUGGACGACAUACUUUUCUCUCGAAAGUUUUAAAUCUGAUGAACGAUAAUGUGAAUUUAUAAUAACUGCCUAAAUUGAUGAUGCAUUCCUUCUCCUCGUAUAUUUUUACAUUGGUUACCUACAAUUACAUUGAGUUUGAUUCUGUUUUGAGAUCUGAAUUAGAAAAUAACGAUGUCUGUCUUCCAGAGUUUAUUAAUGUUAGUUAAUGCAUUACAAUUGGCUAAAUGCAUUGAAAGAAAUUCAGACUUUAAUAAAACGUUAAAGCAGUUAAAAA